UCCAACUUCCGCAAAUUUCAGAUGUCAAGAAGUGAAGAACUCCUUUGUACAAAGUACAUAUUUCGUUUAUUUAACUAAAGGUAAUUGAAAUUUUUCUUUUUUGAAAAAUAUUUAUCAGUAAAACGUAAAAUAUGGUGUACACUGAGGCAUACAUUAAAGAGAAAUUGGUCAAGGAGUUGGAAGCCGUUCACGUUGUAAGUACAAACCAAAGAGCACCAACUGUCAAAACAUCAAUGAAAGAUCUCCGCGAUAAAGAUUAUUUUAAUGCUUAAGCGUACGUGUUUUUAAAUUGUGUAGUGCCAUAUUAUUGUGGACGCGAUGAGGAAGAAUACAGAUGGGUUUAGACUUUCUAAAGAUUUUUUAUUACCGGGUAUACUUUUCGCUUUGGUGGUUCGAUGGUGUGUCGCCGCGUAUCCAUAUUCCGGCUAUAAAUCUCCGCCAAUGUACGGUGAUUUUGAAGCUCAAAGACAUUGGCAGGAGAUAACAUUGCACACGCCACUAACGAAGUGGUAUAUAAACACGACUCAUAACGAUUUGGAAUAUUGGGGGUUAGACUACCCUCCGUUGACGGCGUAUCAUAUGUUAUUUAUUGCUUAUAUUGCGGAAUGGUUGGACCCGGAAUCCGUGCGAUUAUUCGCCUCAAGAGGCUACGAGAAUGAGAAUCAUAAAGAAUUCAUGAGAUGGACUGUGUUUUUCAGUGAUUUAUAUAUUUAUGUACCAGCUGCAUUUUGUCUAUGUAUAGAGGCAGAUAGAGUUAAGGUUAAAGGGGAUAAAAAUGUAUUUAAACGGGUAGAUAUAGCUACUACUAUACUCUUGUUAUAUCCAGGGUUAAUAUUAAUAGAUCAUGGACAUUUUCAAUACAAUUGUGUAUCUUUGGGAUUGUUUUUGGUGGCAAUAUUUUGUAUUUUGGCUAUAGAAAGUGAUGUUUUAGCUUCCAUAUUCUUUAUGAUGGCAAUCAAUUAUAAACAAAUGGAAUUGUAUCAUUCUCUGCCAUUUUUCUUUUAUCUUUUAAGAAAAUGUUUUAUAACUGUUGGACCUAAGAUAAGAAUCUUUAGUGUUAUCGGUAACUUUAACAAAUUGGCAGUUGUAGUAAUUUGUAGUUUUGGAAUGAUUUACUAUCCAUUUCUGAGUUCAUGGGAUACUGUGUCCCAUGUUAUUUAUAGAAUGUUUCCACUAAAACGUGGAGUUUUUGAAGACAAAGUUUCGAAUGUGUGGUGUUUUAUUAAUGUAUUUAUUAAGUUAAAAUCAAUUUAUACAAAUGAAAUGAUGGCAAAACUAUGUCUGUUCACAACAACUCUAGCUGCGAUGCCUUCUUGUUUAGACUUGUUUGUUAGGAUUAAUAAAAAGAAAUUCAUUUUAUCCCUUAUUAAUGUAUCAUUAGCCUUCUUUUUAUUUUCGUUCCAAGUUCAUGAGAAGACUAUUUUAUUAGUUGCAAUUCCUGUAGCUUUACAUUUUUCGGAGGAUCCGUUUAUGUGCUUUUGGUUUUUGUUAGUGUCCAAUUUUAGUAUGCUACCGUUAUUAAUGAAAGAUGGACUUCUAUUGCCUUUUAUAGCAACAACAUUAAUUUAUAUUUCCGUUUACAGUAUAGCAUUGAAAAUGGCGAAUAAUACGUCAGGUCUAUUUACAUUUAUAAAUGCGAAUAAAGUUUAUAAAACGAUACAAAAAGAUAAAAGUAAAGAUUCAAUGUUUUUAAAAAUUGUAAGUCAUUACUUUUUCUUUUCUCUUGUAGGUAUGGUAUUUCUUACAAUAUGCCUGAUAUAUGUAAAACCUCCUUUGAUGUUUCCAGAUCUUUAUCCAUUAUUAAUAUCUGUAUAUUCGUGUUCACACUUUUUAUUAUUCUUUCUGUAUUUCAAUUAUCAACAAUUAAUUUUACCAAAAUGUGUGCCGUUCCCACAUAAAGUGAAACAGAAAUAAUUGUAUACAAAAUAUGUAUUUGUCUAUUUUGAUUUGCUGUAAUAAAAUGAUCAAAUUUCAA